CGUUCAUUUUCGACGGGUAGGUUUUCGCAGACGGACGGAGCAAAGAUUUGUGCAUCAAAAAUUGCAAUUUUCACAUUUAGAGCCGUGUGUGCAGCACCACAGACAUUGGAAAAGCGCUUGCCGCACUUGUGCAAAAACCCAGCUCCAUCUAGCAAACGCGGCUGGAAGGCGAUUGGCCGCAAAUUCGCCCUGGAACUGGAAGGCAAUUGCGGGUGAAAAAAAGUCGGAAAAAAAAAGUAAAAGAAGAGCAGAGACUGAAACCGUCGAGAAAUCGUUGUCGUCGCGCUCGCUAUAAUUGUUUGAUUUGGCCAGAGAAAUUCGUGUGCCUGUUGGCAGAAACACUUAAUAAUAGUUUGUAUUUUCGGAGUGAGUGCGUAGUGAAGUUCAGAAAAAGUUCAAGAUGAGCGGGGGAUUGCCGGAGUUGGGCUCCAAAAUCAGCCUCAUUUCCAAGGCGGACAUUCGAUACGAGGGCCGCCUGUACACGGUAGAUCCGCAGGAGUGCACCAUUGCGCUCUCGAGUGUGCGAUCCUUCGGUACAGAAGAUCGGGACACCCAGUUCCAUAUAGCGCCGCAGUCACAGAUCUACGACUACAUCCUCUUCCGCGGCUCGGACAUCAAGGACAUUCGCGUUGUCAACAACCACACGCUGCCGCACCACAAUGACCCGGCGAUCAUGCAGGCGCAGCUCCAGAACGGACCGCCCCAGAUGCCGCAGCCCUACUUCAUGCCCAGCGGGAUAAACGCUCCGCCGCAGCAGCAGGUGCCGUCGCAACAACCGCCCCAGAUACCGGGCGGUGGAGGCAGUGGUGGUGCUGGUGGUGGAGGCAGUGGUGGUGCUGGCGGUGGAGGAGCUCCUGGUGGAGGCGGCCCCGGCUACGGCAAUGGCAAUCCGUUCGGCAACCUGGGCGGCCCCAAUCUGGCCAAUAUCGUGGGCAAUGCGGGCGGAUCACUUGCACCCGGUUCCGGAGCUCCGGGCAGCGGACCCUUCAUGCACUUCGGCGGCAACCAGCAACAGCAGAAGCCCCAGCAGCAGAAACAGCCAAUUUCCGUUCUAGACAUGCUGGCCGGUGCUUCGCGGUCGACGACGCCCAUUAGCCUGAUUGUGAGUCCCACGGCGGAGCUGACCCAGCAGCAGCAGGUGCACCAGCAACAGAACGCUGGCCAGGGUGGCAACGGACGCGAUGCAGGACAUAAGCGCCAGAACCACCAGAAUCAGCAGCAGCAGGCGCAGCAGCAGCGCGGCGGUCCCAACCACAACAUGCAGCAGCAGCAGCAGCGCGGCGGCAGUGGAUCGGACUUCUAUAACCAGCAGCACCACCAGCAGCGGGAUCGUCGUGACUCCGGCCGUCAAAUGGACAACAACUACAGCAACAACAAUAAUCAGCGCAAUCGCGGCGGUGGCGGCAACGGAAUGCAACAGCAGCAACGAGGAGGAAACGGCGGCGGCGGCAGCGGUGGAGGAGGCGGCGGGAACGGAGGUGGAAACAACCCGGCCUGGAACAUGCAUCGCGGCAACCAGAACUCGAACAACAUGAUGAACAUGCGCAACCGCGGCAUGGGAUCCCGCGGCCCCAUGCGACCCAAUCAGGGCUAUCGUCCGCAGUCGGCCAAUAAUCAGAACAAGCCUCGCAACAAGAUCAAGUUUGAGGGUGACUUCGACUUCGAGCAGGCCAACAACAAGUUCGAGGAACUGCGCUCCCAGCUGGCCAAGCUCAAGGUGGCCGAGGAUGGUGCCCCCAAGCCAGCCACCAAUUCAACGGCCGCCACUACAACUGCAACCAAUGAGCAGGUGGGUCAGAAGGUUGAAGGCGUUCACACAUUGAAUGGCGAGACCGACAAGAAGGAUGAUUCUGGCAAUGAGACCGGCGCUGGAGAGCACGAGCCCGAGGAGGAUGACGUUGCUGUGUGCUACGACAAGACCAAAUCGUUCUUCGACAACAUCUCGUGCGAGGCUGCCCAGGAUCGCAGCAAGAACAAAAAGAACGAUUGGCGCCAGGAGCGCAAAUUGAACACGGAGACUUUUGGAGUGUCCUCUACACGACGUGGCAGUUACCGCGGACGCAACCAUUAUUACAACAAUAAUGGCAACAUGGGCGGAGCGGGCAACGGCGGCAUGAACUCGGGAUACGGAGGUGCGCCCGGCUACAACAGGAACAACUAUCGCAUGGGCGGCGGCGGCAACUUUCGCAACAGGAGCAACAAUCGCAACAACGGUGGCGGCCGUGGCGGCAACGGAAUGCCAAACAUCACCAACGGCAACACGGCUGCUGCGCUGAAGGCGGCCAACAACGCUGGGCACGGAUCCAAUGCCACGGACUCCAAUGCACCAAAUGCCACAACCACGACGACAAAGUCGACGUCCCUCUUGCCAGAGCAGACGCAACAGGUGGCGGCAGUUUCUCAAUAGUGCCGCCCAGCCAGUGGAAAGCCACUUUAAAUGAACCAACAACAAAUCAAUAGAUGCGAAUCGAGAAGAGUAAAGUAAAGUAAAUAUCCUAUUCUUUGCAAAGCUAAUUAUUCGAAGCAACCCAAUCAACCGACCGACCGAGCGAACGAUCGACGACACACAGGCUCUUAUUAUCAGGAAUUUCGAGUUAUGGAUCCAGCGGCAUAAUAUAUUUGUAUAAUUAAAAUUAGUGUUACAAUUCUCACGACGUCCUGGGGCGCACUUCGCUGCUGCCCGUCCACCACCGUGUGCUUGGCGAUGAUAAGCGCUCUACGAUUCGAUUAACGACUAGCGAUUAGCGACUGUGAAUGUGAACCGGCCAUGUGUUAGGUUUUGUGUAAAUGGCUGGUUCCAACGCCUUGCGCUGAGCAGAAAGCACGGUAUUGAUAAGGAGGAGAUAAUGGCACACCUGCAUACAUACAUAUAUUUAGUAAUAGAUGUGAAGAACAUAGUAAGCAUAAGUAUGAAAAGUUAAAAAAAACCAAACAAACCAUUUACCAGGAGCAAGGAGAUUUAGCGGAGGAGCCGAUCCGAUAACAAUAAUGAAAUUAAUGGAGUAAACCAAUUAAAUCCAUGGAAUUCCCAAAUCUAAAAUAAAAGCUAACUAAUACGUUUUUAUUUGAAUGAAAGAGUAACAAAUCGAUUGUAAUAAUGUAUUUCUUGUGGGCGUAAAACAUCGAGAAACACUCGAGCCGUUUUACUAGCAUUUAAAACUAUUAUUUAAGAGCAUUUUAAACAUGAAAAAGAAACAAGAAAAUAAAAUCGGCAGCUACGCGCUUCUUUGAAAAGCA